ACUCUCUGCCAAGUGUUCUAACGACCAGCUGUGAGUCGUCUGUAGCCAUGUACACAGUCGACCUGACCAGCUGAGUUUAUUUACACAUGAACUGGAUAAGUUAUAAGUAUACACCUCUGUCACACACGGUGCAGUAGUGCGGAAACUACCGCCGAAACAGAAGCCCUGUGUGCUCUUCAUCAUUAAUGUGGGUGUGUACUUACUUCUGGCACCUCGUCAAAACACUCGUCUUUUUUUCUUCUGAAUAGCAUCGCCAUUACAAAACGAACAAAACACAGAAGGGGCUUAGUGAUUAUGUGUGGAAAAUAUUCAAGUCAGUUGUAAAGGAAUAGUUUCAUAUAUACAUCACCGGGAGGUAUUUCUGAGGUAUAUUUAAGAUAUCUCAGCAUAGAGCCUUAUAUCUUCACAUGAUACACAGACGAUACCAGCACGUGUAAAAUCCAUCUAAACACUCGGCCGGUAAAUGCACGUGAACAACAAACAUUUCAUGAUAUGCGCAGUUAUAUCUAACUUUUUGAGGCACAUACAAGUCUAAAACACGAGAAGAUUUAUUACGAGAUUUUGUGUCAAUUGUUCUGUGUAUCAUCGCCUUCAUUACGAAAAAUGGCAGGGGCUGUGGAACUUCCUAGACUGACCGAGGGCUAUCUUGGACCUCAGGCCAAAUUCUUCCCCUACGGUCUGACUACCUUGACCCAUCCGGAACCGGUCAUCCAUUCCGAUUCCAACAGAAUUGAGAUUAUCAUCGGGACAUGUGAAAAGAUGCGAUGCAUGACGAAACUGCUCGGGGUGAAUCCUAAAGGAGAGUGUAACCAGUUUGUGUUUACACAAACUGAUGAUGCAGGGUUCCAUUUUAUUAUUGCAGUACCCAGAACUGGAUUUUUUAAGUUACAGAUAUAUGCCCUGCCAAAUAAUGAGGCUGGACCGAAUAUGAUAAACGUUUACAAUUAUUUACUGAAUAUCCAGCAGAUAGAUAACUACGUGGAAUCGUUUCCGAAGCAGUACCCACUCUGGAAACAGGAGGGCUGUUACCUGUACGAACCUUUCAUGAUCAUGAAGGGCAAUCGUGACCCUGUCAAGUUCCGUUACUUGAUACCACGUGCUGUAAACGUGCAGAUGAAGGUUGGGGAGGAUUGGAAUGAACUGGAGAAGGUGGACGACAGCGGUAUUUAUGAGGGUGUCGUUGACUUUAGUCAAGGCUAUCCUGCAGGCACAAAGGUCAGACUUAAUGUGAAAUCGGGACGGAGUCACAAAUAUGACAUUCUUCUGGAGUACACUAUUUGAGAUUUGAAAUGGUUUUUGGGACGUACAUUGUAUAAUACAGAUAUUUUAACUAUAUACAUCCUUGUCAGGUUGGACGACUAUCAGUGCUAAUAAAAGUGCAAAAAUGCACGUGCAUGCUUGACGUCAAAACGGAUUAUGGAGUGCAUAGACGAUGUUGGCUUUAUUACACACAUUUUCUCGUGAAAUAGAGCUCGGAAUCUGUUCAGAAGGAAUUCUGACGCCCCUGUACAUAACACAGGUAGAUAUCCAGUCUUCCCUAUCUCUGGUGCCACUACAAUAUAUGACUUUUUCACUGUCUGUGUGUCACCUGUUUUCGGCAUGACUCGCGAUCUAAAUUUUGUAUAAAGAGCAGCUGCGUGACGAGUUAUUUAUCGAUAAGCCUUUGGAUGUCUUGGUUAAGCCUCAAAGAGUUUGCACAUACAUUUUCAGAAUAAAAGUAAUGACAAUUAUUAGGUUUUGAGUUUCUAUCCGCUUUCCUGUAUUUAUGCUGAGUAUUCUCGUGUCAGUAUGAGUUCCAUGUAGCGAUUUUUUCCUUUGAUUUGUAUAUUUAUAUAUUUCGCUGUACCACUGGAAAGUUUUAAGUGUUAACAACCAACACACGUCGGUGAAACUGGUUGAUGUUUGGAUUUACGGACAGUUGGCGACACAAGUACAGCUCAUAGUUUACGUGAAUAUUCUGUUAUUGCAAAUUACGUGCAGACUGGCAUCACUGACACAUCUGUUAAUUUGUCGAAUGCUUGUAUAAAUUAUAUAGAUAUCA